AUGGCAUCUCCUGCCCGAUGGCAGCCUUGUUCAGUAUGUAGAAAGAGUAUAGGGCUGAGCUGUAAAGCGAAGAGCUUUACUGGGUAUACUAAGUAUAGGUAUAGGUUAGCAGCGAAGAGGACGUUAAGCUCAAUCGUGCCUUCGACGGCAGCGUGGAUUUUCCGGAAUGCCCAGUUGAGUACUUUUGAAGAGGACUUGUUGUUGGAGGCAGCAAAGCAUAUAGGCACCCCGCUCAAGAUCGAUAGUACGACGGCUAUGGCUUUCAAGCAAGAUUUGCGUCAGUGUGUGUUGAAGUUGAUCUUCAAAAGCCCCUCCUUUUCCAAAGUCUGUAUUGGGUAUGAUGUGCUCAGGGUCGAGUACGAAGGCUUACACACGGUUUGCUUCCCCCUAUCUUGGUUGGGGGGUAUUGUUGGACAUAGGUCGGAAUUCUGUCCGGUGCGCCUUACCGGUGGGGCGUCUGAGUCUCCGAUAGACACUCCUACUCUCCAUCUUCCUCAACCAGCUGUGCAUGGGGCUGCGUUAGCCAUGGUCCGGGCGGACCCUCCGCCGGUAACGAGUCAUUCUGGUGGCGAUUCUUUUGGACCUUGGCUCCUAGGGCGGGUUUUUCGGAAUUCAAAUAGCCUGGGGUGGACGGGGGCUAAGAUAACUCAAAUGGGGCGCAAAAAUAUGGGGAUAAUAAUCGUUUUGCCUCGCUUAGCGAAGUCCAUAACUUCUGGAUGGAGCUUUCACGAAUCAAAGAAGAAAGUAGCAGCUCCCAACAUUUCCCAGAUACCACUUCCCAUAGCAGCUGAAUGA